UCACAACUCAUACCUUCACACCAACACAACACAUCACAACAUCCGACUCUCUGUUACAUUCCACUGAAGCAUACACCAUAGAUCCUUGACAACCACGAAGAAUCCUCGCUCAUCCGCCAUGUGUUACCCUGCCGCGUCUAGCACUGGACCCAAGCCAAAGAGCUCCGACUACCCACCCACGAUCAUCGUGCACAUCGUUCGCCAUGCUCAUGCCACGUUCAAUAACGGCAACGACAUGAGUGCUAGCGUCGACUACGCCGGAGAACGUCAGUGUGAUGAUCUCGCCCGAACCUUCUCUCGAGACAACGAAGGCAUCACCCAUAUCCUCUGCUCACCCUACAAACGAUGCAUCGACACUGCACGCAAGAGCCUUCGCUCCGUUAUCAAUAAUGGUGUGAAGAUCGACUUAAUGCGAUCACUCAGCGGUCGUGAAACGGACAACAAAGACUGGGUGGAUGGCAUCAAGUUCUUCGAGGAGAGUUCCCUUCAUGAAAUGGGUCGAUGGAUCCAAAGAGAUUCCAAGGCAACGGAUCUCGACUUCGUUCGAGGCUGGCUAUCGUUGAAGGAGAUGAACCUAGCAGAGGCGCAGAAGAUGAAAGAAGUGGUUGUUGUCACCCAUGAGAGAUUCUUGGAGAAGCUGUUCCGAUCUGGAAGCAUCCGUUACCACCGCUUUGGUCUUGCAGAAGCCAGAACAUACCGUCUGACUCCUGGGGACGGUACACUGGUUGCGGUGGGCCCCCAUGAGCUGAAACAACUUCGAAAAGCCCAAGGCGAGUGGGCAUCCGCACUGGCUCUUCAAAAGGCAAUAGAAGAGAUCAAAAGAUCAGAAGCUCUCUUAGCCGCCAAGAUCACUGCAGACUUAAAGGCCAAGGCUGAGGCGCAAGGCACUAAACUCGCACAGGAUACGGUUCGCUCGCGGUUGGAUGGCGUGAGAGCUGCGACUCUCAGCUGUUAGAGAUUUUAGAAAUCUUGAUGGGGUGUGAUGAGUGUAUGUUUGGGGUAGCGGGCAAACAGUAUAGCCAUUGAUUCUUUUAGUAGGCGGCAUCUGAAAAUUAUAAUCAUUUCUUCUAAGCGGCAGCGCUAUCAACUGCAAAUUGUCU